UUCUGACAUUCAUGCGGUUUUUUCGAACAAGAAUGUUACUGAACAAACAACAUGUGGACCAUAUUAUGAAACCGUCUUAAAGUAUUCAAGGUUGUCAAAAGUGUGCAAUUUUUCCUACUGGAACAAAUCACAACAAUGGUUUUGUGGGAAACCAUCGGGAAAACUAUCGUGUUAUCAUUGGAAAUCAAUAAUCCGCAAAUGGAAUAACUAUACUAAUGAAGUUAACAAAUGCGAAAUGGAGUUAAGCACAAGAGACCGUGAAUCAAUUAUACCAUCAAACAUAACCAUACAAAUACUUCCAAAGAGAGUUGGUAAUAUGUCCAGGACAACCAUUCAAAGAGCCAAUAUUCCAUGCUCGAAAUACAAUAAAAGUAAAUUAUGGGUCAAAGUAAAACCGACAGGAUAUUUCUACAACAACUCAUGGAUUCUUAUCCAUUGUAAAGGUAUUCAACAUUUUAGUGGAGAAUGCUUAAGGAAUAAGACGAUACUGUUGUGGGGAGACUCUACACUCCAUCAGUGGUAUUUGUUUAUAAAAAAGCAUCUUCAAGCUGAAAGUGAACAUGCAUGCACGUGGUCGAUGGGCAAUUGGCGUUAUCCCGAAACGUGCAAUUUCUACAAAUACAAUAUUACAAUAUCUUUUCAGGGACACAAUAUUCCCAUCUCUAUUUAUACAAAGAAAAAUCUUUAUAACGUAUUUAAAAUAAAUUCAUUUGAAAAAUUCAUAAAUUCAAAAUCGGGAAAAAACCGAAAUCUUGUGUUAGUGCUACAUUUGUACGCUCAUCUACAACAAUAUAAUCAUAACUUUUUUUCCGCACAUAUUUUAGAAAUAAGAAAAGGUUUAGAGCGAAUAUUUAAAAGGGAACCAAAUAUCAAAGUAUUUAUUAAAUUGCCACAUGCGUAUCGAAAAGUGGAAGAUAGGAAAUGGAAACUAAGAAGAAAUGAUUACAUAGGUGUUGUUUUUACAAAUAUCUUAAGAAACACGUUUAAAGGACUGUUUAACAGGAUAACCGUGUUAGAUCAAAAGGAUGCAACUAUUGCUGAACGAAACCUUGAUCUACAUCCAUCGAAAACUAUUGUACGAGAAAUGGUAUAUCAGUUUAUAAGUUAUGCUUGUGAAGAUGACCCAUAUUAAAUUGACAUUUUAUAGAUAAACGUCUCUACGUUCUUCCGCUUAAAGGACAUUUUAUUUUUUUUAUCAUACGUUUUGAGUCAUGGCAAACGAAAACAACAAAAUGUAUAACCUAUUGAAUUUGACGCAGUAAAAUUUCUUGUCUUAUUCUGAUAAUGUUAAUCGUAUACAUAAAUGACCAGUAGCACUGGAAUGUUAGAAGAAGGAAAAGAAAAAGAACUUACAAAAAAUGAAGCAUUGUUCAAAGUUAUACUCGGAAAAUGUGUGUAAAAUCUACAGACAUUUUCAAUGAAUUGUGUAGUUAUCCAAAUGAAGCGGCCACUUUUGAUGUUACAUGAAUACUUAAGCAGAUCGGUCUAUAAAAGGACACAAUAAAUUCAAAAUAAUAAAAACCCAACAACAACAACGACAAAAACAAACAAAGUAUAUCAUUCGGAUAUUCUUUUUAUGAAAUUUUGAUACUUUUCUUAGUGAUUUAGUAUGAACAUUUUUAUGAUAAAUAUUAAUUAUUUAUUAUUUUCUUCAAGAACAUCUGCUUUAUGCCAAUAUGUCAUAAAAGAUCAUUUAUCUCACUAUUAUCACCAACAUUUAUUAAUGGUUAUUUCAUGGUUUGGUGUUAUGUCUGACCCAGCAAUUUUAUUCUAAUUAUUUAUUGUAUAAUCUAAAUCUAUUGUCAUUGUCAUAAUAUAACAAACAUUCAAUUAUAAACUGACAUUGUCCGUUAUAUACGCACGUACAUGCUC